CUACUUAAACGCAAUUGGUCGACAGAUACAUUGGAUGCUUCAGCACAUCAGAAAAAGAAAUUCGAUCCCUUGCUACAGGGCAGGAAACCCGAUUUCUUGAUAUUCACAUCAGUAAAAAACAAGAAAGAAUCCUUAUUUGUGACAGAAGUGAAAUCACCCAAGCAUUGUGCAGCAAAGUGCUUGCUUAGUGACAAAGUCAAAUUAGGAAACCAGAUGAAGGAUUCACUGGACAAGAUG